AUCAAUUUUACAGCUAAUAUCCUUUAGUUUAUUGUACUUUAUCAUUAUCAAUUCUGUCUCUUCAUCUGCCUUCCUCACUCUACCUGUACCGACCAUAUUUAUUUACACUCAGUCUCACUCAAGUUCUACCAACCAAACUUCAAAAUGGAGAAUGGAGCAAAACCAUGGGUUUUCCGAGGUACUCAAAAGUUUACUACAAAACAGUACUCUAAUGACUCUAAACAGAUGAUAACCAUCCGAGAAGCUCAGGAAGAGUUAGUGGGAAAUCUUAACCAAGAUGAUGAAAGGUCCUUCGUCCAUCUUGGCCAUGGCGACCCUUCAGCUUAUCCGUGCUUUCGGACCACUCCUUCGGCCGAAGACGCCAUUGUUAGUGCUCUCCGAUCAGCUCAGUUCAACUGUUAUCCUCCCGCCGCUGGUAUUCCUCCGGCAAGGAGGGCUAUUGCAGAAUAUGUCUCCCGUGAUCUUCCUUACAAAUUGUCACCGGAUGAUGUUUAUGUCACAGCAGGUGGCAACCAAUCAAUUGAGAUCAUCAUAACGGCCCUUGCUCGUUCCGGUGUUAACAUUCUGCUUCCUAGGCCAGGGUACCCACAGUAUGAAGCUCGUGCAGCUUUUAGUCACCUUGAAGUUCGGCAUUUUGAUCUUAUACCAGAAAAGGGAUGGGAGGUUGAUCUUGAUGCUGUUGAAGCUCUGGCAGAUGAAAACACUGUUGCCAUAGUCAUCAUUAACCCUGGCAAUCCUUGUGGAAAUGUCUUCUCAUACCAGCAUUUGAAAAAGGUUGCAGAGACGGCACGAAAGCUUGGAAUGUUUGUGAUUGCUGAUGAAGUUUAUUCCCAUAUAGUCUUUGGGAAUAAACCAUUUAUACCCAUGGGAGAGUUUGGAUCAAUUGUUCCUGUACUUACAAUAGGGUCUAUAUCAAAGAGAUGGAUUGUUCCAGGUUGGAGACUUGGCUGGAUUGUGACAAACGACCCCUGUGGCCUCUUGAAGCAAACUGGGAUCUUGGACAGCAUCAGGAAUUAUGUUAACCUCUCUAGUGACCCUGUAACUUUCAUUCAGGGGGCAAUUCCCGAAAUUCUUGGAAACACAGAGGAAGACUUCUUCUCCAAUAUCGUACGCACCAUAAAAGAAGAUGCGGAUAUUUGUUGCAGUAAAAUCAAGGAGAUCCCUUGUAUUGUUUGUCCACAACAACCUGAAGGAGCGAUGUCUGUAAUGGUGAAGCUAAACCUGUCACUACUCGAAGGAAUUAACGAUGAUAUGGACUUUUGUGUCAAGCUGGUCAAAGAGGAAUCUGUGAUUGUUCUACCAGGGACUACAGUGGGAAUGAAAAAUUGGAUACGCAUAACUUUUGCCAUUGAACCCGCGAUUCUUGCAGAAGGCCUUGACAGGAUAAAGAGCUUCUAUCAGAGGCAUGCCAAGAAGCUGUAACGUUAUCAUUAUGUGGUUGUUUUCCCAAGUUUUCUUCAACCUUAGGGAGCUCUGCACUGAUGUCUAUAAUUGCAUUGACAUGCAAUUAUGUAGACAUAGAGUAGGGAGAUGUACAAUUCAAGUUGGAUGAUCAUGUCCUGUU